AUGCCUUCUGAUAUUAGGAGUUUUUUCGGUGGCAAGCCGAGCCAAAGUGAGGAUGUGAAGCCCGCGAAGAAAGAAGACCCUUCCGCUGCGAGAAAGAAGCGUAGCAGAAAGGUUGUGGAUGACAGUGACGAAGAUGAAGAGGCUGCGCCUGCGAAGGCGCCUACUCCUAAAGCAAAAUCCAAGUCUCAGGCGAAACCCGAGGAACCCAAGGGCGAGCCCACAUCAACCUCGGACUACUUUGCAUCCAGCAAGAAGCGAGGAGCCAAAGCUGAGCCCACAAAGACCAACAAGCCAGAGGAAGCUCCCGCAAAGACAUCUCGAAAUGCUCCCCGGGCAUCCGCCAAAGCUAAACCCAUCGUUGAAGACGAAGAUCUCGGUGGAGAUGACAUCUUCGCAACCGAAUACGGCAAGCGCGGCAAAAGAGAGGACGACUAUGUAGCAGCGGACAGCGACGACGACGACGACUUCGAAGUGCUUGAGAUCAAACCCAAUGCUGCGGCAUCUAAGAAGACUCAGAAGAAGCGAACGGUUCUCGAUGAUGAAGAUGACGAUGUAAUCAUGGAUGACUUGCCUAAGCCUGCCCCUAAACCCGCACGACCGGGUCGCAAGCGCAAAGCAGAAGCCCUUAUCGAUGAAGACGAAGACGAAGAUUUUGAAGAGACAAAGAAGCCUGCAGCCCGGACCAAGGCUCCUCCUGCUGCCAAAAAGACGAAGGCCUCGCCGAAGAAGAAGGAGCCUGUGGCCGAGAAUAAGGAGAUUCAGGAUAUCUUUGACAGCAUUCCCUUGGUCAGGCCGCCAUCACCUCCUGCUCCAACUGGAGACACCAAGAAAUUUCCUUUCGGAGGGGCUCGAUCUCGUACUCCUCCUGUUUCGGGAACUAAAGAUAUGCCUCAAGGCGCAGAGAACUGUCUUGCUGGGCUGACUUUCGUCUUCACUGGCGUACUUGAGUCGUUGGGCCGUGAGGAGGGCCAGGAGCUUGUCAAACAAUAUGGUGGCAAGUGCACUGGAGCACCCAGCUCUAAGACAAGCUAUGUCGUCCUUGGCAAUGAUGCUGGUCCGAAGAAACUUGAAACCAUCGCAAAGAACAAACUCAAGACAAUUAACGAGGAUGGUCUUUUCGAGUUAAUUCGACGAAUGCCUGCCAAUGGUGGCUCUGGACAAGCUGCAGAAAAAUACCAGGAAAAGAAGGCCGCCGAAGAAGAAAAAGUUCGCAAGAUGGCAGCAGAAAUCGAUGCCGAGGAGAAGAAGAAGGCAGAGGAGAAGCGAAAGCAGGCCGCCCGAAUGAACAAGGCUCCUGCUGGCGGCUCUACUCCGCCUGCUUCUCAGAGCUCACAGGCUACACCUGUCGACGAUCAACUCUGGACUACCAAGUAUGCGCCAACUUCUUACACUAUGAUUUGUGGCAAUAAGGGAAAUGUGGAGAAGCUGCAAACCUGGCUGCGUAAUUGGGAAAGAAAUGCCAAGCUCAAGUUCAAGAAUGGUGGCAAGGAUGGAUCAGGACUAUACCGCGCAGUCAUGAUUCACGGCCCUCCAGGUAUUGGCAAGACGACGGCUGCGCACUUGGUUGCUAAGCUGGAAGGGUAUGAUGUUGUGGAGACCAAUGCCAGUGACACGCGAAGCAAGAAGCUCGUUGAGAGCAGCACCCUCGGUGUCCUCGAUACGACAUCUUUGCAAGGAUACUUUGCUGGAGACGGCAAGAAAGUCGACAAUAGCAAGAAGAAGAUGGUCCUGAUCAUGGACGAAGUCGAUGGCAUGUCGGCCGGUGACCGCGGCGGAGUUGGAGCUGUUGCAGCCAUUGCCAAAAAGACCAACAUUCCUCUGAUUCUCAUUUGCAACGAGCGACGACUGCCCAAGAUGAAACCUUUUGACCACAUUACCUUCGACAUUCCCUUCAGGCGCCCUACCGUAGAGCAGAUUCGGGCGAGGCUGACCACAAUCUGUUUCCGCGAGAAACUCAAGAUUCCGCCGCCUGUCUUGGAUAGUCUCAUUGAGGGCACACAUGCUGAUAUCCGACAAGUCAUUAACAUGUUGUCUGCUGCCAAGCUAGGCCAAAAUGAUAUGGAUUAUGACAAGGGCAAGCAAAUGUCUAAGGCAUGGGAGAAGCAUAUCAUUUUGAAACCAUGGGAUAUUGUUAGCAAGAUUCUCAGUGCCCAGAUGUUCUCGGCCAGCUCCAACUCAACGUUGAACGACAAAAUCGAGCUUUACUUUAACGAUCACGAAUUCAGCUACUUGAUGCUCCAAGAGAACUACCUGAGAACCAAGCCUGCUCUUACGUCAUCUAUGAGCGCCAGAGAGUUGAAGCUGAAGCAGCUUGAGCUGGCAGAUAACGCAGCCGAGAGUAUCAGCGAUGGUGAUCUUGUCGAUCGUAUGAUCCAUGGCACGCAGCAGCAAUGGAGUCUGAUGCCCGCCCACGCCGUGUUCAGCUUCGUGCGGCCAGCUAGUUUCCAGUAUGGAAACAUGGGCGAGAGGCCUCAAUUCACCAGCUGGCUCGGCCAGAACAGCAAGCAAGGCAAAAUGUCCCGCUUCGUCAAGGAAAUCCAAGGCCACAUGCGCCUCCGCACUUCGGGCAGCCGUGAUGAAAUCCGUCAGCAGUACAUGCCGUACGUCUGGGAUAAGUCAGUCAACCGCCUUAUGACCGAAGGCAAGGAGAGCGUGGACGAUGUCAUUGAUUUCAUGGACUCCUAUUUCCUAACCCGUGAUGACUUUGAUGCGGUUAUGGAGCUAGGCCUGGGACCAAUGGACCAGUCCAACGUGAAGAUAGACUCACAGACCAAAGCCACAUUCACACGUGUCUACAAUCAGCGCUCACACCCGCUUUCGUUCAUGAAAGCCAGCCAGGUUGUGGCGCCCAAGGCGGCACCUAAGGAGAAGCCUGAUAUCGAAGAUGCCCUGGAGGAAUCUGAUGAAGAGGAGGUUGUUGAGGAAGCCAAGGACGACGACGAGGAGUUAGACCUUAAGAAGGACAAAUACGUCAGUCAACCAAAGAAGAAGAAGGCGGCCCCUAAAGGCAAGAAGACGAAGAAGGCUGCGGCUGCGGAUGCGGAUGAUUUCAUUGAUGACGGCGAGGAAAAGCCGAAGAAGGGCCGCAAGACCAAAGCUAAAGCUCAGGCUUAG